AUGGUACCCUACAGAUCCGUAAUUCAAUGGACAUUGCAGGAAGAGAACAGCGAAUGCAAAUCUUACAGCAGAGCAAUACAAGAUGUCGAUGUGCUAACGGACCACGCAGAUCUAGAAAUGGAGCUGAAGAGGGACCUACGAUCGUAUAAUCUCGUGCGCGAAAGAAAAUGCAUCGACUUGGGCAAACAUGAUGUGGACGAAAUGCUAUACUUGAUGUGGAAAUUUUAA